CGUGGUUUCUAACGCGUUACCGUGGGUCUGUGUGUGUAGGGUGGGAUGAUGCUUUGCCUGCAUGUGCAGUGAGGGGAUAGAGCUCUGUGUGGUCAUACGUGUGUUACCGUGGGAUUUCUGCAGCGAGGGGUAACACGGAGGUCCGACCAGCAGGGAAGCACGCAGGCAGAGGAGGAACUCUUGGAAGACUAAAGAUGGCUUCUACCGGUGCUUUGUGGGUGCUGCUGACCGGUUGCCUCCUGCUACCAAGAAGUGCCGGGCAAGAAGACUCCUCCAGAGAGGCUGAGUGCAAGAUGAAGAGCAUCACGGUGUCUGCUCUCCCCUUCCUCCGGGAGAACGACCUCAGCAUCAUGCACAGCCCCUCCGCCAACGAGCCAAAGCUGCUUUUCUCCGUCCGAAACGACUUCCCGGGAGAGAUUGCUGUAGCCGAUGACCUGGAGAACACAGAACUCCCAUACUUUGUGCUGGAGAUCGCUGGCAAUACAGAAGACAUUCCUCUGGUUCGCUGGAGACAGCAGUGGCUUGAGAAUGGAACUCUUCUGUUCCACAUCCACCAUCAAGAUGGAUCCCCCAACAUUCCAGGUCAAGAAACCACCGAAGCUCCUCAUGGAGAGACAGGAGAGGAAGAGCUGAGGAUACUACAUAUCUCUGUCAUGGGAGGUAUGAUUGCUCUUCUACUCUGCAUCCUAUGCUUGCUUCUUAUCCUGUAUACGAGGAGACGUUGGUGCAAGAGAAGACGUGCCCCACAGCCCCAGAAGAGCGCCAGUGCAGAGGCAGCCAAUGAGAUCCAUUAUAUCCCAUCGGUGCUAAUUGGUGGUGGUCACGGGAGAGAGAGUCUGCGGAAUGCACGUGGACAAUCCACUCAUCCUGGUGGAAGCCUUGGCAUUCGCGAAACACCAAUCUUGGAUGGGUAUGAGUAUGACGUGACAGAGCUUCGUCAUCACCUUCAACGCGAGUGCAUGAAUGGAGGAGAAGAAUUUGGAAGCCAGGUUUCACGAGCCAUGGAUUCUCUACAGGGUUGCUCAGAAAAGAACACGAUUGACCUUACUCCUGUGUUUGCUUUGAACUCUGCAUCAUCGGGAAGUGACAACGCCAAAAUGUCUCUCAUGAGCAAGUACAAGGACAGCAUGAUGGCCUCCAGUCCCUUAGACACCAACCACCAGCCCACAACACUGCUGUCCCAUGGUGGAAGUAGCAGCCAGCACAAACGCAUCAACAACAAGUCGAGAGCAGGCUCAGCCUUCCUAAACCCUGAAGGAGAAUGUGCAGCAGAGAUGGACUCUGAAACUCAGCUAACCUUCUAUACGGAUCCCACUCGCAGCAGAAGACGCAGCCGAGUGGGUUCCCCACGCAGUCCUGUCAGCAAGAUGACUCUGACACUCAUCGGUGUGACCAGCUGUGUCAUUAGCUUGGUCUAUUCGUCCCACAUCAGCUGUCCCUUGAUAGUGAAGAUCACUCUUCAUGUUCCAGAACACCUCAUUGCUGAUGGAAGCCGCUUCAUCCUGGUUGAGGGCAGCCAGCUGGAUGCAAGUGACUGGCUGAAUCCAGCCCAGGUCCUCCUUUUCUCCCAGAUGAACUCGAGUGGCCCCUGGGCAGUAGACCUGUGUUCAAGGAGAAUUCUGGACCCUUGUGAACAUCUGUGCGACCCAGACACUGGGGACUGUUUAUGCCAUGAAGGUUAUAUGAGGGAUCCAGUUCACAAACACCUCUGUAUACGUAAUGAAUGGGGAACCAACCAGGGCCCGUGGCCUUAUACCAUGUUCCAGAGAGGAUUUGACCUGGUUCUGGGAGAACAGCCUUCAGAUAAAAUCUUCAGGUUUACUUACACUCUAGGAGAGGGCAUGUGGCUUCCUCUCAGUAAAAGCUUUGUCAUACCACCGGCUGAACUCGCUAUUAAUCCAUCAGCCAAGUGUAAGACAGACAUGACUGUCAUGGAGGAUGCAGUGGAGGUCAGAGAGGAACUUAUGGCCUCUUCCUCAUUUGAUAACCUUGAGGUUCUCCUAGACUCCUUUGGACCUGUCCGUGACUGCUCCAAGAGUAAUGGGGGAUGCAGUAAGAACUUCAUCUGUGUCUCUGACCGCAAGCUGGACUCUAAUGGCUGCGUGUGCCCUCCAGGACUCCGUCCGAUGAAAGACAUGUCAGGCUGCUACGAUCGCCAGAUAGGGGUAGAUUGCUCCGAUGGGAUUAAUGGUGGUUGUGAACAACUGUGCCUUCAGAAAGAGGUCCCUCUAUCUGAAGAUUCAGACAUGUACAACAUCCUGAUGUUCUGUGGCUGUAUCGAGGACUAUAAGUUGGGUCCAGAUGGGCUAUCUUGUCAUUUGAUCACGGAGACCUGUCCUGGUGGCAUGCAUUGUGGUGAGGGUCCAGAGAUACCAAUGAAUCAAACACUUUUUGGGGAGCUCUUUUUUGGCUACAAUAACCAAACCAAAGAACUGGCACCUGGGCAACUGCUUAAGGGAACUUUUAGGCAAAAUAAUUUUGCCCGUGGUUUGGAACAUCAGCUACCAGACAGUUUGCUCGUAGCAACAAUACCAUCAGAAACACAGUGUCGUGAGGAGAUAUCUGACCCUGUUCCCGACCCGGAUUUCUUGACAGGAAUGGUAAACUUCAGUGAGGUGACUGGUUACCCGGUAGUUCAGCACUGGACUGUAAGAUCUGUCAUGUAUCAUGUCCGUCUUAAUCAGCCAUCUGUUUCCCAAGCAUUCACUCAGGCUCUUCACUCUCUGGACGGAGCUACAUCACGGAUGGAAUUUGCACCUUUAUUGGAACAGUUUGGCAAUCACUAUAUUCAAGAGGCAGUAUAUGGAUUCGAGGAAACCUGCUCCAUCUGGUACCCAAACCGACAAGUGCAGAAGCAGGUCUGGCUAGAAUUUGAGGAUAUUAGCAAAGGAAAUACCCCAUCGGACGAAUCAGAGGAACGAGAAAGAGAGCCCAAGGUGCUCACAUUCCCUGAAUACAUCAACAGUCUGCUGGACACCGGCACCCGACGUCUGGCACAAGGUCUUCGCAUGGAGUGUCAAAGCCAAGGCCGUUGUUCCUCCUACUGUCAACUGUGUCACGUCACAUCCAGUCCUGAUGCCCCACCUGAACCUGUGCUAUUAGAAGUCACAAAAGCAGUCCCCAUCUAUGAGCUAGUUACAAACAACAACGCGACCCAACAGUUACUACAGGAAGCUGUGCUCAGCUGUCUCUGGUGCGCUGGGCGCGGAGAUGUAAUUGAGGAUUGGUGUCGGUGUGACUCCACUGCUUUCGGUGUAGAUGGCCUCCCUACCUGUGCUCCUCUACCACAACCUGUGCUUCAUCUAUCUGUGCUGCAGGAACCUAGCAGUUCCCUCCUGGUGUUGGACUGGCAACACACAGAGCCCCCUAUUGGCGCACGCAUUGUUGACUAUCUUAUCAGCCAAGAAAAGGUCUCCGAUCGAAUGGACCUUUCCAAAGUGGAUACAGAGACAGUGCUGAGUUUUGUGGAAGAUAUAAUCUCAGGAGCGAAGUCUCCAUGUGUGAUGCCGGCUCAAGUCCCCGACAAGCAUUCCUCAACCAUCUCACUCAUUACUCGCUGCCUGGAGCCUGACACUACUUACACGUUCACGCUUUGGGGAGUGGAUAAUACAGGCCGUCGCUCUGAGCCAAGCUACGUGACAGUAAAAACCCCUUGCCCAGAGGUGGAUGAUGUGAAAUCUCAAGAGGUAGCUGACAAAGUAUACAAUCUGUUUAAUGGUUACACCAGCGGAAAGGAGCAGCAGACGGCAUAUAACACGCUGCUGGAACUGGGCCCCCCCAACCUGCACCGGGUGCGCUAUCACUACAACUUGCACUUCCAAAGUUUUGGAGAGUUCACCUGGCGAUGUGAAGAUGAGCUGGGACCCAGAAAAGCGGCCUUGGUGCUGUCGCAGUUGGACGCAUUAAGUCCCUGGUGUAUUCACCUUCUCAAUGAACCCAGGAUCAGCCUGCGUCGGUCAUCCCUGCGCUACCUGGCGUGUCGAUACAGCGAAGUCAAGUCUCAUGCAAUGAACUGGACUGACCUGAGCCGCGAUCUGAGAAAAAACUGCGAAGAGCAAAUGCUUGUUGUGUUGAGCAGUGACUAUGGAGACAGUAAGGAUAACUGAGGAAAGCGCUUCGAUACCAGGUACAGAAUGCGACUGGAUAUAAAGCAGAGAGAGGAUUUAAGACCUGAGACCCAUUGCUGGACUGGCCUCAUUCUGAACUCUCAUCUCUCUCGAUGAACGAAUCCAUUUUGGCCAGGCUGGCUUCUAAAAUUAGGGUUAUUGCAAGCAAUUAAUGAAAAAUCACUAUCCACACCGUUCUGAAUUGUACAAAA